AAAGCUUCCACGUCAUCAAUUACUUUGUUAUAUAUUCACUUUAUAAGACAUAAGCCAAAUUAUUAUUCCUUUAUUCAGUCUCAAAUAGUCAUCAAAAAUGGAUCAUACUCAUCAACAUGGAAAGCCAGUUAGCAUCUUAAGAUUCUCAGAUAAUAAGGAAGUCAUCGUCGACAACCGAGAACUUGAAAAGAUCUUUAAUCAUCCAGAAAUUCAAGAUCGCAAAGUUGUAAUUUUGUCAUUAAUUGGAGCAUUUCGAGGUGGAAAGAGUUUCUUCUUGGACUAUUGCUUGCGGUUCCUCUACGCUCAUUUCCCGUCCAUCUACAACCCAAGCAAGCACAAACAAUCAUUCUUUAGAAAAAAUGACUACUGGAUAGCAGGUCGAGAUGAACCCCUUAAAGGAUUCUCAUGGCGUGCAGGAACAAAAAGGGAAACUAUCGGAAUCAACAUUUGGAGUGAUGUCUUCUUACACACAAUGGAUAGAACUGGUGAAAAAGUUGCAAUUUUCGUCAUGGACACACAAGGACUCUUCGAUACCGAGUCAACACCAACUGAUAACUCGAGGAUAUUCGCGCUUGGAAAUCUGAUUUCAUCAAUUCAAGUCCUCAAUCUUAAGCAGCAAGUUCAAGAAGAUCACCUUCAAUACUUACAGUUUGCGACUGAAUUUGCUAAAUUUGCACUAAAGAAAAAUUUGAAGCCGGAAGGAAAACCAUUCCAAAAUAUGACAUUUCUGAUCAGAGAUUGGGAAAAUAAUGAGGAAUUCCGCUACGGUGCCGCAGGUGGACAUAACUAUAUCAACGAAGUGCUCAACAUAAAGCAAGAUCAAAGUCAGGAAUUAAAAGAAGUCAGAAAGUCAAUUUUUGAUUCUUUUGAACAUGUCAAUUGUUAUCUGCUGCCAUAUCCAGGAGAAGUAGUAGCUGGAUAUAAGAACUACGAUGGUCGAUGGUCUGAAAUGGACACAACAUUCAAAGCUGAGCUGAAAAACUCAAUUGAGCAUCUUUUACAUCCUGAUAACUUAGUUAUCAAGAAAAUAAAUGGUAUAGACAUAAAAGUCAAUGAAAUGAAGCUAUAUCUUCAAGCCUAUAUGAUAUUAUUUCAAUCAAAUGAAAUUCCACAGGCACUCAGCGCCUAUGAGUAUACAGUCGAGAGUCACAUGAAUAAUCUGAUUGAAAAAUCUGUCAAUGACUAUAAGCUUACAAUUUAUCGAAAUGCUGACUUGAUUAAUGCACAAAAUAGACAGAUUGUCCAUGAAAAGUGUAAGGAACGAGCCUUGCAGCAAUAUAAUGCUGAAAAUAAAAUUGGAACUGCUGAGCAUGACUAUAGAUUCAAAAUGAAGUUGACAGAAGAAAUUGAUAAAAUUUUCGGUUAUUUUAAGCAACAGAAUGAACAAAUUAUUAAGGAAAUGGAAAAGGAACGUGAGAAAUUUCAAACUAUACUGGACAGAGAGCAGCAUCAGCGACUAGAAGCUGAGGAAGCAAAGAGGCAAAUAGAAAAUCAGUUGAAUGAGCUAAGAACACUGAAAACUAAAAUGGAAGCUGAAGAAUAUGAAAAAAGGACGAGAAUGCUGCAAGAACGAGUUCAAGCUGAGCAGCAACGGAUGCAGGAAUAUGACAGCAGGUUUAAAGAUGAACAAAGUUUUAGAAAAACGCUAAUGGCGGCAAUUGGAGUGACUUUAAUUGGCAUUGCUGCUUUAACAACUGGUGGUAUAGCAGCUGGUGCAGCCGCGGUAAGUGAAACAGUUGUGGCUGUAGGUGGUGCUGUUACUACAGUUGGUGCUACUCUUAAUGCUUGCUCAAUUAUGUAAGAAUUAAAUAUUGUAAACUUAAUAAAAAUAAAAUACAGCAUAAGUUUAUACAACGG